AAGAUUCAGCUCAGCUGCGAUUUAUGGUUAAGAUCCUCUUGGUCUUCUACUCUGUUUCCUGUGUUAUUGGUUUAGAUGUUAACUAUAAAAAUAAUCUGUAGGAAAUUGAUAGUUGAAAACUAAUCGAUAUGUCUGACUACUUGAAAAUUGGUCGAAAGGUCGAAAUAUCAGGCAAAGACGUGCAAGGGGUUAUAGCAUAUUAUGGUCAAACAGAAUUUGCUCCUGGAAAAUGGAUAGGAGUAAUUCUCAAUGAGCCCAAAGGAAAAAACAAUGGGAUUGUUAGAGGUCGAGAGUAUUUCAAAUGCGAAGAAAAUCAUGGAAUGUUUGUGAGGGCUCAGCAGAUCAUACCUCUGGAUGAUGAAGGAAAGGCACUUGAAACAACAUCAGGAAUUGCAAGACCUAAAGCUAGGCAGAGCAUAGUUGGAACGAAGGCAAAACCUACACCUUCAAGAAUAUCUUUGGCAAGUAGUCGCCAGUCCUUAUCAGGAAGCAGACAAUCGUUGUCAGGAAGCAGGCAAUCUUUGAGUGGAAGUAGACAGUCAUUAAGUGGUAGUAGAAGUCAUUUAGCAUCACCAGUAGCAGAGAAAAAUAGCGAAAUUGGAGAAAGUGGCAAUCAGUCAUCUAAAAGAGCAUCUUUCAUUGAGACGGGCUUUGUGGAAACUCUGAAGCCGCAAUUCACACCUGGACAAGCAUUAACCAGUGCUCCAACGCCGGUGUCAUCGAUGGAGGAAAAAAUUACAAUUAUGCAAAUUCAACAGGAGUGUGAGAAUAGGAAUCAACAAAUCAAAGAUCUACAAGAAAAACUUGAAACGUUAAAAAUGAAACGUCAAGAAGAUAAGGAAAAACUCAAAGAUUUCGAUAAGUUGAAGAUUCAGCUCGAUCAUCUACUGGAGUUUAAAUCUAAAAUAAUGGAGUCACAAGCGAGUCUCCAGAGAGAACUACAAAGAGCAAAGCAAGAGGCUAAGGAGGCAGUGGAGGCUAGAGAAAAUCACGCUGAUGAGGUAGGAGAUCUUGCUGAAACGCUAGAAAUGGCUUUGCUAGAUAAAGAAAUGGCAGAAGAAAAAUGUGAAACCCUUCAGUUGGAAUUGACUGUUUGCAAAGAAAAACUAGAAGAAGUCACUUUAGAUUUAGAGAUUUUGAAAAAUGAAAUGCAAGAAAAAGCAAGUGGCAUUAAGACCGCAGUGGAUGAUGAAAUGACGAGUUAUGAAGUUAAACAAAUUCAACAACAGAAUCUUCGUCUGAAGGAAACGCUAGUGAAAAUGAGGGAUCUUUCGGCACAUGAUAAACAUGAAUAUCAAAAGUUGAUGAAAGACAUGGAACAGAAGAAUUCUGAAAUUACUGAACUGAGCAAAACGAAAGAAAAACUUAGUGCCAGGGUUGAAUCAUUGGAACAACAAAUUGCCGACUUGCAGGAACAAGUCGAUGCCGCUUUAGGAGCAGAAGAAAUGGUGGUGCUACUAGGCGAACAAAAAUUGACGUUAGAAGAGAAAGUUACUGCUUUAGAAGAAGAAGUAAUGGAACUUGAAGCAUUGCAAGAUAUGAACAAUCAACUUCUUGAAGGAAGCAAUGAAAUUGAAGCAGACCUGAGGGAAGAAUUAGAAAUGGCAAGAGCUCAAACUAGACAGGCAUUGAGAGACAGGGACGCAGCAAUUGAAACAAUAGCGGAUCGUGAAACAACUAUCGGUAAAUUCAGGGAAUUGGUCCAGAAGCUGAGAGAUCAAUCAAUAAAUCUUCAAGAUCGGCUGGAAAAAGAAUCUAGCAAACCUGUAUCUGGACUUCCUGAAAUAUUGGAUUUCAAGAAGAUGUUUUCGGAGAAUAAAGCACAUACGAAGGCUAUUGAUUUGGAAUUGCGGAGGGUGGAUAUAGAACAGCUUCAACAGCAUGUCAAAUAUCUUACGUCUUAUAUGCCUGAAUCCUUCAUGAGUAGAGGAGGGGAUUAUGAUGCGAUAUUGGUAUUGCUGCUGAUUCCACGUUUGAUAACUAAAACAGAAAUACUUCUGGGUCAGGUCAAAGAUAAAUUUCCGGUUGUCGAAAAAAUCACUAGACCAGCUAUUCUCAAAGAGCAUGCUAUUGAACAAUAUGCUUUUAGAUGCAGAGUUGCAUUUUACAUUUAUGCCUUGCAGACAAUCUUGCAUCAAUACUAUUAUUGUUUGAAUAUAUGCAAACCAGAAGUUCUACUCAAAAUAGGGGGAAGCUUCCCCGAAAUUGCAGUGCAAGAGAAAGUUGUGGAUGGAUACGUGGAGUUGGUCAAAAGGGAUCAGUUGGAUGAAAAUGUGACAGUUGAGGCAUUGGAGAAGUGCGUGACAUAUUUCAAUACCCUAUUUCCCAUUGUUCUAGGUGUUGAUGCGAAAAUAAAUCACACGCGUUUAUUAUCCGAUACUGUGAAAUGUUUGUAUAAUGCAUGUGACGGUUUCAAUACUGACGCUCUUGUCGUGAGAAAUUUGAUAGAGACUGCAAAUGUGGGAGAUAUUGGUUUAUUAGCACAGUAUAUAAUAACUACGUGUGAACAACUCCAACAGCAGUUGAAAUUGGUUAAAAGACGUUUGCCAACAGACCCUAAUGUUUCCCAACUUGGAUUUACCAGGGAAGUUUUCGAAAAUUUGUAUCAAUGUUACCAACAAUCUGGAAAGAUAUUGAAAACAUUGCAAGAUAUAGUUAAAACAUCCGUACAAGUUAUGACAUCUUCAACAGAAUUUGAAAAAGGCCUAACACAGGAUAAACUGAAAGAUAUUGCAAUAAACGCUAGUGACAAAAUAUAUAAACAAGACGAUCUAGGUCCUGUGCAGAGUAUAAAGAAUUCAUUAACUUUCGUUGUCACUGAAAUAACACAAAUAGCACAAUUUUUACAAGACAAUGAGUUUGAUAUUAGUACGUCUAGUCGAUGUCCUGAAAAGGCUACUCCACCAGUAGUUUUAAGGGCUGAGACGGUUAAGAAGGAAUUGGAACAAACCAAAACAUUAACUAGUCGUCUUGAAAACAAAGAAUCAGAUCUAAAAGAGUUGCGAAAGGUUUUGAAAGAGAAACAAGAACAACUUUCUGAAAUGGUUAUCAGAAAAGAACUCGCCGAAAAAAAGCUUGGAAACGUUAAUAAGGAUUAUGAAUUGACCAUUGAAAAAUUACAAAGAAAAUUGGAGGAGGCAAAUAACAAUUAUAAGAAGAAAGAGAAAGAAUUCGAAGAAACCUUGGAUCAUUUACAAAGAGAUAUUGAUUCUUUAGAAAAUGAGAAGGGAGAAAUGCGGGAGAAAUUCAAAUUAUUCACGAAGAAAGCUCAGUUGGAAACGAUGUCGAAGAGCAUUUCAGGUGGUUCUCAACUUUCAUCAUUACAAUCUUCCACUGGUCCGAUCCUGCCCGCUGUUGUGAGAGAUUCUCCGUUAUUAAUACAAGAGAUACACAAUCUCAAAAAACUAUAUAACACGGAAAAAAAUCAACGGUUCGAGCUAUCGAAUAAUAAAUGGAGAGAUAUGUUGGAAAGUAUGAAGCCCUUACCGUCAUUUUCUACCAAACCAGAUAAGAUAACUGAUGAACUAAUGAAAGAAGGAGAAAACUUGAAACAGGAAAUCCUGCUCAAUUUGGCGAAACCUAAAUUUCCGUCAGUUUAUAAAUAUAAAGCAAAUAAUAUGGCACAAGCAUGGAAUAAACAUUUUGCAGAGGAACAUUCUAAAUGGUUGGAUCUCGAGAGAAGGGCCCAGAAUUUUCAGUCAAGAGUCGCUGAAAAUAUAUUGAAAAAGAAGGAAGGUGGACGAAUUAAAGCUGAUUUUGCAACGUUUCCUACUAAUGAAAUGACAAAAGCUUAUCAUGAAGAGACUCCCGUGAAACUUGGAUUCAUCAAAAUCCCUGCCACGAACAUCAAGGAGAACAAAACCAGAGGAAUGGAAAAGCUAGAAGUCGAUUUUUUCAAUGUACAAUGUCUUAUGGCGGAACUCAUGGGCAUGUCUUCUAAUAUAACCCACGAUAAUCCCAUAUUUUCAACCUGAGUUGCAAUAUCGGUAUUCUCUCCAUUAGAUUUACUUACUGUCUUGGCAAUUCGGGUCGCUUUCACAUCUUCUAAUUUUGGAGAAUAAACUUCAAAUUCUUGUGUAGCUAAUUCAAUGAUUACUUAUAGUAUUGUUAACUAAAAAUAUUAAGUUAAGUGCUUAGAUUUAAUCGAAUAUUGCACGUUGGAGCAUCAUGUUCAUCGAUUUUGUUAAAUAAUAGUAUUAAUAAUAUCUUAAUUGAAGUAUUUAUUCUUAAUUAUGUACAUAUAUAAUAAAAAAAGCUAUUUGUGAAA